AUGAAAGUCGAGGAGCCCAACGCGGCGGCAAUGGUCGUGGACGCGGGGGCAAACAAUGUCCAGUGGCGAUAUUAUGAUGAAGGCAACAGCUACGAUCGAGUGGCGUUUGCAGUUUCGUUCGAAUGCGGAGUUUCGACGAACAAGAAUGGACCAGGAAUGUGGGCCGUUGACAGCGGGGCAACACAUCACAUCUGCCACGACAAGUUCAAGUUUGCAAGCUUGGUCGAAGGCAAUGAUGGCGAGAUCCUGGUGGCUGAUGGCAACAAGGCGGCCAUCAAAGGUGUGGGGACCAUCGUGGAAAAGGUGAUUCUGCCAAACGGGGAAGAGCGCGAGAUCGAGAUCAAGAACGCGCUCUAUGUGCCCAGCAUGAGCAAAAAUCUGCUCUCGGUGCCGCAGAUUAACAAGCACGGCAACUUCCAAGUGGUGUUUGACGGGGAUACGAUGUACGUCGCUCGCAAGGAUUCCAACCAAGUGGUGGCAGCUGCGGAUCUUGUAGACGGACUCUACUGGCUUCGCACGACGCAGCGAUCGGCCAAUGCGACAUCACUCAGCAACGCUGUUGAUCUACAUGCGCGAAUGGGCCAUGCUCCAGUCGACGUGCUUCGCAGGAUGGUGACAAGCCACAUGAUCAAGGACGCUCACAUCCCUUCCAAGCCGAAUGGAUCAAGUGUGUGUCGAGGAUGCCAAGAAGGGAAGAUGGUCCAAAAACCAUUCCCGAGCAACCGUGACAAGCGCACCUACAACACCUUCGAGAUGCUCCACUUCGACAUCUGCGGACCCAUGGAAGAAAAAUCUCUGGGUGGCAGCAAGUAUCUGCUGCUGAUCGUGGAUGAAGCCAGCGGAUGCAUGAAGGGUUUUUGUCUGCAUUCCAAGUCAGAGAGCGAAGAGUGCAUCAAGAAGUACAUCACGAUGAUACAGACGCAGUUCAACAAGAAGGUCAAAUUUGUGCGACACGAUGGAGCCCGCGAGUUUGCGGAAGAACUCGCUUCAAGAUUUCUACGAAGUCGAAGGCAUCGAGCAACAAACCACGGUGCCAUACGCACAUCAAGCCAAUGGAACUGCUGA